AUGAGGGGGAUAGAAGAUAGUGGGCUAACGAGGCUUUGUACAGAUUUUUCUCUUCGACUCCCCGGCUUCAGCAUCAAAGUCACCAAAUACAUUAACGUUAAAAACCAUCAACUCCGCUACGUGUUGAAGAACAAGCGCACUGGCGAUGUGUAUUUUGUGGUGCUCUUUACAUUGCUUCUGGAUGGUGAUGGUAGGGAAUGGGAAGGCGAGGAGAUUGGUGUUGCUGAUGGUGGUGGUGGUGAUGGUGACAAUGGUGACGAUGACGACAGCGACGACGACGACGAUGAUGAUGAUGAUGGAAACAAAGACAAGUAUAUUGACAAUGAUGAGGGCGUCGAUUGA